AUGGGCUCCAAUUGUAACCCUUCUAAACGAGUGGAAUAUCGUAAAGAAAAAGAUGAAUUACGUGAUAAAUUAAAACAUAUUAGGUUUCCAGCAUUAGAACUUUCCAAAACUAAAGGAGAAUCAUUAGCAUCAGAACAGAAUAUUACUAAAAGCCUUUCCAAGAAGGCAAUCAAUUUACCUAAAAAGAAGUUCUAUAGACAAAGGGCGCAUUCGAAUCCGUUUAGUGAUCAUCAAUUGGAAUAUCCUAAAUCACCAAAUGAGAUGAAUUGGACCAAACUUUACCCUGGGUUUGUUGAUCCUAACGAUCCUACUAAAUUGCUUUCUAAAGUAACUAUUGCUGACAUUGGUUGCGGUUAUGGUGGGUUAUUAGUUGAUUUGGCACCACAUUUCCCACAUGACCUAAUUCUGGGUAUGGAAAUUAGAGUACAAGUCACUAAUUAUGUGGAAGAUCGUAUUAUUGCAUUACGAUCAAAGGAUCCAAACGGCAAAAAAUAUCAGAAUAUAGGUGUAUUAAGAGGGAAUGCGAUGAAAUUUACACCGAAUUUCUUUGAAAAGGGUCAAUUAACAAAAAUUUUUUUCUGUUUCCCGGAUCCACACUUUAAACAGAGGAAACAUAAGGCUAGAAUUGUUACUAAGACUUUAUUGAGUGAAUAUGCCUAUGUUUUAAAAGAAGGUGGGAUAAUAUAUACAAUUACUGAUGUUUUGGAUUUACAUGAAUGGAUGGUGAAACAUUUACAAGAACACCCACUAUUUGCUAGACUGGACGCCGAAUGGGAAAAUGAAGAUUUAUGUGUUAGCAUUAUGAGAAAUGCCACAGAGGAAGGUAAGAAAGUGGAAAGAAAUAAGGGCGACAAGUAUAUAGCUUGUUUUAAAAGAUUACCUAAUCCAGAAAUCAUUCUUUGA